AUGCAACUUCUCAAUCGGCUCCAUCGCUAUGCCGUCAAUAAUAGCAAACGGAACAUUUCUGUUGAUGAAAAUGGAAAGCUAGAUGAUGAAAUUUCCGUUAUUUCAUUCGAGGUCAACGGCAAAUAUUACGGUGGCCGCUUUGCGAAGAAUUCGGGUCUCCUCGCCAGUCAAGGUUGGCACGCCGAGUACGUACACCUGCCGGCUGAUUGGUUAACCUUGAUAAUUAUCACAUUUGAGAAGGUUCCUUCUGACUAUGCCAUUCUCAAAACCACGCAUUUGCACGAGGAUCAGACUGGUGACGACACUCUUUGGGCUUCAGGAUAUGAAGUCUACGACCGACUAUCAACCCCUAUCCAGAAGUUUGCAGAUACCCUGAAAGCAGUUCACUAUCAGCCGUCUUUCAAUAAUAUCGCCAAGGAGCAUGACAUUGACCUCAUCUCAGGAGACCGAGGAGCGCCAGAAAAUACGGGAUUUGAUUUCAAGGCCAGCCACCCCCUGGUCCGUAUAAGCCCAGUAAUGGGGUGGAAGAGCCUUUUUGGAGCAGCCGACCAGGUUGAAAAUGGCUGGAUCGAAGGAGUGACGAAGCGGGAGAGUCAAAUACUGAAACAGUACUUUAAUCAACUCAUCGCCGAGAAUCACGGCCUGCAAGUCCGAUUCAAAUGGGGCACAAAUGAUCUUGCUAUCUGGGACAAGUAA